AUGAGAGGACGAUGGAGCUCCUACUCCAUGUCUGUGCUGCUCUCUCUGAUCUUACUGUGGCAGACCCGGUCAAGAGUAGCUUCCAAUUCAACACGUAAAACCAUCGACAUCACAACCUUCACCAAGAUCCUGGACAGUCUGCUGGAUGGAUAUGACAACAGAUUGAGACCAGGCCUGGGAGACCGAGUAACUGAAGUGAAGACUGACAUCUAUGUGACCAGCUUUGGUCCAGUGUCUGACACAGAUAUGGAGUACACUAUAGAUGUUUUCUUCCGUCAGAGAUGGAAGGAUGAGCGCCUUAAGUUUAAUGGACCAAUGAACAUUCUCCCUCUCAACAACCUGAUGGCCAGUAAGAUCUGGACCCCUGACACUUUCUUCCACAAUGGCAAGAAAUCCGUUGCCCACAAUAUGACGAUGCCCAACAAGCUGCUGAGAAUCAUGGAUGAUGGAACCUUGCUCUACACUAUGAGGCUCACGGUCCAAGCUGAGUGUCCUAUGCACCUAGAAGACUUUCCCAUGGACUCUCACUCGUGUCCUCUGAAGUUCGGCAGCUAUGCCUACACAAAGACAGAGGUUACUUACCUCUGGACUCGUAAUGCCUCCCAGUCAGUGGAUGUUGCAGCUGAUGGAUCCAGACUCAACCAGUAUGAUUUGGUGGGCCAGAGUGUGGGGAAGGAGACCAUUAAAUCCAGUACUGGUGAAUACACAGUCAUGACAGCUCACUUCCACCUGAAGAGAAAGAUCGGCUACUUUGUGAUCCAGACAUACUUACCCUGCAUCAUGACCGUCAUCCUCUCUCAGGUCUCCUUCUGGCUCAAUCGAGAAUCUGUGCCAGCCAGAACUGUGUUUGGCGUAACUACAGUCCUCACAAUGACAACCCUUAGCAUUAGUGCCCGUAAUUCACUGCCUAAGGUGGCCUAUGCUACAGCUAUGGACUGGUUCAUUGCUGUCUGUUAUGCCUUUGUCUUCUCUGCACUCAUUGAAUUCGCUACGGUCAACUACUUCACCAAGAGAGGCUGGGCCUGGGACGGAAAGAGUGUGAUCAGGGAAAAGAAAAAGGAAGCCGCCAUCAUGAAGAAGAACAAUGCCUAUGCUGUAGCUGUGGCUAACUACGCUCCCAACAUUACAAGAGACUCAACGCUGCCCACCAUCUCCAAGUGUGCCCAGAAUGAAACCAACAAAACCACGGCAGAGACGAAGCCCGAGAACAAGAAAACCUUUAACAGCGUCAGCAAGAUCGACCGCAUCUCUCGCAUCAUGUUCCCUGUGCUGUUUGGGAGCUUUAACCUGGUUUAUUGGGCCACCUACCUGAACAAAGAACCAGGCAUUAAAGAUCUGGAUCUAUCCAAAUGA